AGAUUUCUAGAGAUUUCAGGGGUUAAAAUCUGCUUUUUCCCCCUUGGAUAUACCCCUUGACAUUGGCAAAAAUUUUACGAAGAAUCAAAUUGUAACAUGAUAGAACAUUAAUUCAUGUUCAUCGUUGGUUGAUGUUAUCAAGAACCUUCUCGACAACAAAACAAAAUCAACUCUUUUUCUAAUUAAAGUUUUGAAAAGAAAAAAUUUUUCUGGUUAUGCAGCUUACGAAAAUGGAAAUGAUAUCAUCUGGGCAAUUGAUACACUAUUACGUGUGAAAUCUAACAUAUUGGAUAAUCAUCAAGGGUGUGGGUGUGGGUGUGGGUGUGGGUGUGGGUGUGGGAGUGAAUGCGGGGUGCGUGGGUGGCGUCGGUGCGAAUAUGCGUAUGGGUGUCAGGAAAAUGUGCACCCGCACCCUCUUCGCGUCAUCUACCGAGGGAAUAAUGAAAAUCGAGCGGAAAAAUACCCUUUUACAGCGUUGACUAUUGCUGGAAAGGUUAUAUUUUCUCAUACAUGAAGACUAGUUGAAUACCAGCGUGGUAGUUUUAUCUACGACGAAAAGAACCAGCAACACACUCACAUUAUAACUGCCGUUAGUAUUUGUUUUGGUAACAUCUUAUCAGCAAUAGAUAAUACAUCAAACUGUCUUCUCACUUUAUCUAAAAAUACACUUAAUAGAAAAAAAAGAGUUUCGUAACGAUUUUCAUAUUUACAGACAAAGCACAUUUGUGCGAGCGUCCAUCUUGAGGGUGAAUUUCUUACGCACAUUUAUACCCAUAGAUUCUGUGGAUAAUUCAGAGAUAGAAAACGGAAGUCUGGCAGCGAGGAAGGACCCUAGUCACGACUGCAUCAAUCAUGAACCCUUUUACGCAAAGGAGUAAACAAAAGAACCUUUUUGCUGAACAUUUACAGUAAGAUUUAGACAAAUUUUGACUCAAAAUCGUUUUCAACGUCAUUUUCCCGUUUUGCAAAGUGACAAGGUUGGAACAUAUUCCGUGUUUUUUGCAAAUCUUUCUAGCUGCUGGAAAACCUAGACAACUGUAGAAACCUUUUUUUUUACAGUGUGCAGACAAACGAUUUCGAACAUUCCUCUAUGGGAACCCUUCAAAGUCUCUCCAGCGACCUCAACUCGCAAACACCAUCUUCCACUACUCAAUCACCAACAAACAAUGCAGCAGGAAUUCAACAAAUAUCUUUCGCAUCAAACCAAUAAAUAGUUCUAUUCUAUUUUCAGGUGGAACUCGAAAACCCUGCCGAUAUGGUUCCAAUUGUCGCUCGUCGACCUCACAACAUCGGACACAAUUUAUACAUCCUGGUGAUAAGGAUUUUAUAGAGAAAGAUGAUAAGCGUGAUGACUCUAGAAAAACCAUACAAAAACUAGCCUGUAAAUAUGGCGCGAAUUGCACCAAUAGAGGCCCACAACAUCGAGCAAUAUUUACACACUCUGAUGAUGAAGAUCACAAAAAUGAAUGUGAUAACCAUGGUAGAUUUACCAGCAACAUUGAAAAGCCACCCUGUAAAUAUAAUGACAACUGCUACAAUAAAACUCCAGAACAUCGAGCACGAUUUACACAUUCUGAUGAUAAGCGUGAUGAAUCUACAAAAAGCAAGCAAAAAGUAGCCUGUAAAUAUGGCGCGAAUUGCACCAAUACAGGCUCACAACAUCGAGCAAUAUUUGCACACUCUGAUGAUGAGGAUCACAAGGAAGAAGACGCUAACCCUAGGGAGUUUACCAGCAAUACAGAAAAACGACUCUGUAAAUAUGGUGACAAGUGCUACGAUAAAACUCCAAAUCAUCGAGCACGAUUUACACACUCUAAUGAUAAGGAUUCCAUAGAGAAAGAUGAUAAGCGUGAUGGUUCUACAGAAAGCAAACAAAAAGCAGCCUGUAGAUUUGGCGCAGAUUGCUUCAAUAAAAGUCCAGAACAUCGAGCACGAUUUAUGCAUCCAGAUGAAUGUGAUUAUACGCGAAGCAAAGAAACUGGAGUUUGUAAAUAUGGGACCAGUUGCUACAACAAAGAUCCAGAUCAUCGAGCACAACUUGCGCAUCCGGAGGAUCAUGGCUAUGUCCGGCGGACAGGUUUGCAGCCUGAUGGUAUGUUCGAAAACCCUAAUGAUCGUCACACAUUUUGGCACUGUGCUCAUAACCAUGCUUAUCUACACCAAUGCCCAGCUAAUUUAAUUUGGUCACAAGUAAACCAACAUUGCACUUGGAAUGCGGUGGUGCCAACAUCGACAGUAACAACAACAACAACAACAACAACAACAACAUUGCUCUCAACGACAACAAUCGCUUUAUCGACUACACUGACACAAAGCUUGCUUCCAUUUGAAUGUUCGAACUACGCUUCAAUCACCGACGGUACUCGUCACGAAUCUGUUGAAUUACCAUUAACUCAUCGUCAAUAUAACGAAUAA